GUUUUGAAUAGCGUCACGACUGAGGCGGUCAUCCAGCUCUCUGAUUGGCUGAGAGCCGUCAUCCGGGUACUGCGAUACAACUGGCUCAUUAGCUGAAGGUACCAAUAUGGCGGAGGCUUCCCUUGGGAGUUCAAGUCCAGUUGGCUCUUUAUCUUCAGAAGAUCAUGACUUUGACCCAACUGCAGAAAUGCUAGUCCAUGAGUACGAUGACGAGAGGACUCUGGAGGAGGAAGAGUCUCUUGAAGGAGGGGGGAAUUUUAACUCUGAGAUUGCAGAUCUGGAGAAGGAGGGUAAUAUGCCUUUGGAGGAGUUGUUGGCAAUCUACCGCUAUGAGGCGUCAGCUGGGUCCAGUAUAGACAGUUCCUCUGGAGACCUCACGGAUGAGCUGCCUGACAUGACUUUGGACAAGGAGGAAAUUGCUAAAGACUUGUUGUCUGGCGAUUACGAAGAGGAGACACAGUCUUCAGCCGAUGAUCUCACCCCUUCCGUCACCUCCCACGAAACCACCGAUUUCUUCCCAAGGACACUUCGAUCCAAUGCAAUAUCUGAUGGGGAUAAAGAUUCAGAGUGUGAUGAUGAUGGCCCGAGUCCGGAAGACUCCAGAAAGGAAAUAAUGGUGGGAGCAGAGUACCAAGCAGAGGUUCCUUCCACCGUCUGCCACUACACAGAAGGAGAGAAAGUGUAUGAAGAUGAAGACGAGUUAAUGUGGACUCCAGGUGCCUUGCCAGAGAGCAAAGUCAGGAUGUUUCUGACUGACGUGCUGUCACGGACGACGGGUGAAAAGACGGGAUGUGACAAACUGGGCAUGCAUGUUCGAGACAAUGAGCAGGCUUUGUGUGAACUUGUCAAGUGCAACUACAACACCCACGAGGCACUUGAGCAAUACUGUAGCCACCUAAAGUCCUCGAAAGAAAAAUCACCCCCAUGGUCUGAAGAGGAGUGCAAGAACUUUGAACAUGCGCUGCAGAUGUAUGACAAGAACUUUCACCUCAUACAGAAACACAAAGUCACAACGCGGACAGUAGCAGAAUGUGUGGCGUUUUACUACAUGUGGAAAAAGUCGGAACGCUUUGACUUCUUUGUGCAGCAGAAUCGAUUCGGGAAGAAAAAGUACAACAGCUAUCCUGGUGUAACAGACCUGAUGGACAGGCUUGUGGACGAAGCGGAGGGUCUGGCCGUGGACAGCUCGUCCUCCGUGUGCUCGGGAGGCGGCGGAGGAGGGAGGCUGGAAGCGACCACAGAACAGCAGCUCAGCCUGCUCAACUCCAUCACUGCCAGCGACCUCACAGCGCUGAGCAACAGCGUAGCGACAGUGUGCAGCCCAGCAGAGGUCUUGGACUCGUACAGCUUUCCCCCCCUGGAGUCUCUCCACCGCGCCUCCCUCAACCACGACGAGCCGCUCGGCUUCCCCUCCAAUGGCGCAGACCCCGACUGCCUCAACAUGCUGGACGCCGGCUUCUACCACUCGGACCUGGGUCAGCUGGGCAGCGUGUGUGUCAACAAGGACUGCGAGCGUCCCUCCAAGAGACUCAAGAUGGCGCUGCCGGACUCCUUUAUCAGCGACGUUUCUGUGGGCAACCUCGGCGUGGACUUUGAAGCCCGCCGGACAACGCCGCACCACCACCGGAUAACCGGUGCCAAAGUGGCUGUGUCGGUCACGGACUUCGGAAGCUUGGCGGCAGCGGCCAGCGGAGAGGCGAACGGCUUUUUGGGGGCGCAUUCACGCCACCACACGCAGCACACUGCAGCACUUCAGUCAGAGUGAUCCUCAUCCUCAGCCCCCCCCCCCCCCCCCCCCUUUUUUUUGCUUGUACAUAGACUGACCUCACAUUAUAUAUACUGUAUCUAUAUAUAUAUAUAUAUAUAUAUAUAUAUAUAUAUAAAUGUACAUAAGAUACUUUUGUUUUCAUUUUUUGUGUAAUAUGACAUCAGUGAUGUCUCAUAUAGAACUAAAAAUCUUGAUUUCUCUCAAGAGUUUAUAACAGCCAUUUUAUUGACGUGUUUGUGGUGGUGGUGGUAACGUCCAUGUACAGUUACGUAGGGGGAGGCCUGCAGACGUGUUAUCUUCCUACUUUCCCCCUUCUUAUCCUGCCAUCCUUCUCAGCUGCCAAAAUCAUGCUCGCUCUUGGUGCUCGUCGCUCUUAUUUCACGUGGUACUCGUUUGGUUUGAUUCACAAGUGUUUUUGUUUACAGGUACUUGGCAGUCGAGCUGUUAUGUUAGACGAUUUUAUGUUUUUUUACUCCCAACAUAAACACAACUACAGUUCAUGUUUUUUAAAAAAAAUCUGUUUUUAUUUAGUCAAUAUUACUGUAAUUUUGGUUUAUAAACAAUUUUUUUCUUAAACUUUGAACCUAUAGCCCAUUUAUGACUAUUUUCAGUGAGGAAAAGGGAGCGCUUUCUUUGGCUGGAGCCAAUCACAAACUAUAAGAAAACUUGUGAUGAGCUUGGUUCAAAGGCUAACAUCACACAGCAAUUUAACAUCCAAAAGGUAGCUCGGAAAUAUAUUUUCAAACUGUUUUAAUGGUGUAUGGUGUAUUUCUUCCCAGCAAAGCACUUCUUUGGCCAAGGCUUCUUUUUGUGCUACCUUUUUAGUGUUAAGUCGCUGUGCGUUCUUUCUAAAUAGACACCCUAAGUCAGACUGGUGGGUUGAGGUUUAUAGCUCAAUUUCAAAAAGCUCCCUGGUCCUCACAGACUGGUGUGUGUCACAAUAUGCUGUUUUAUGAUGUGGACAUGUGAGGCUAAUGCUUGUACAAAUCUGUUUUUCAUCUCCAAGUGUUAACUCUGGAAAUUAUGGUAUGUUUUCACCCCAAAAUAUAUACCAGUGUUAUUUUGUGAGCAUGGCCAAAAUGUCGUAAAUAUUAAGUUUGGAAACAUCAACAUUGAAUUGUAAUUUGCAUCGUUCCAACUUUUUCCAGUUUUUAACCAAUUGGACUUUGACUCGUGUUGCAAAUGGAGUUGUUACCGCCCCCCCCCCCCAAUAACUCAGACCAGUAUUGUUUAUGAGACACACACGCGAGUGGGCGUCGGGAGAAAGGUGAUUGUACACGGUGUUUACGUCAUGUUAUCUAUGCAUUGUUGCUGUGAACGGUUGUUUUUCAGGGCUCCGUGUGGUGUUUGCAGUGUCCUCCUCAUGUAACAAGAACACGUGACAUCUUUCUUGUAAAUAAUCAUUUAGCAACUUAGCCUUUAUGGGGAAAAAAGUCUAUGACCUGACCUUAUUAUGUUCAUACAAAAGCUUAUUUCCUUCCAAUGACCAUAUGUUGUAGAUAUGUACAGGAAUUUUGAGGUUUACUUUUUUUUUACUUUGAAAUGUGCAUGCUGGUCGCGUCCCCCAAAAUGAUAAAUGAUUAUUCGUGUUGUUUUAGCCUUUAAAAGUGGCAAUGUUAAAAAAGCAGAACUAUUCUACAUGUCUAUAUAUGUCUCGAUGGUAAAGGGAUGGCUGCUGCUCUUGGCGGUUCAAGUUUUUUGUUGACAAAAAAAAAAACAUCAUGCAGUGGGUCCUCCGAGCCGAGCUCUUGGUAGCUAUAGCGGUGCAGUGCUAUUUAUUAUUUCACCUGUGGUUUGUACAGAACACUUGUAAGAAUGUAAAUGCCAUUAUUAUUAGGUUGUAGAUUGAAGUAGCAUUAUGCUCACCACCCUGUGAACUCUGGCAAAAAUGUGAUAUUUUAUUGAUAUGUGCGAAUGUGCGUGUGUGUAUGACUGAGCAGUAAGCAAAGUUUAUUUUGUGUUUUUUCCGUCAUUUGAGGUUUAAAAAAGAUUUUUAAAAGGUUAUAGCAGAUGUGGUUUUGGAUAAGAGGUUUCUAUGAGAAAUACAUAAAACACCUUUGUGAAUAAAAACCUACAUAAAUGUAUAUGGAGAAUUGUAGACAAUCAAAGGCAUCACUAAGAAAUGUUAAAGGAAAGGAAGUUAUCUAUUGUUUAUAAGAAUUGUACAGACAUUGACAUUUGCUUUUGCCCUCUGUUUGUUAAAACAUUAUUUUUUAUGUUCUGUUCUACUUUAAUACCUUGUGUACAGAUCCAGAAAUAAACGCU